AUGAUAACGGUAUUCGGUGGGUUUAACGUUGUGUCAUGUCGUUCUUUCCCAACCUCCCUGAAGGGACCGACGGUGCUCUGGUUCACUAAGCUAAAGCCCAACUCCAUAAGAAGCUUCAUAGAGCUGGCCAGAGCAUUCGUGAGCCGCUUCCUAAGUAGUGUCAAGCAAAAGAAGAUGGCCGCGAACUUGUUAACAGUAAAGCAACGGCCCGAUGAGUCCAUAUGGGACUAUAUCUCUCGCUUUAAUGGAGAAGCUCUGGAGAUCAAGGACCUAGAUGAUGACAUGUGCUUUAAUGCCCUGCACAACGGGGUAACCAACCAUGACCUGGUGAAAUCUCUCGCCCUCAAAUUGGUCACCACCAUGUCCCAACUGCUUGAUCAGUGCUAUCAGUACACCACCAUGUUUGACAUCAUGAAGGCGCGAAGAACGGUCAACCCCAAAGCGAUAGAGAAAAAGAGGACGAGUGAGAAAGAAGAAAAGAAAGAUACCAAGAAGCAGAGGUCGGAUCGGUACUUAGACAAAGGUCAGAGCCAGGACUGCAUGCCCUUGAAUACCGCCAGGAUUAAGAUCCUAAUGGAGAUAUAUGAUCGGGGCCUGCUGCAGUGGCCCAAACCAAUGUUCUCGAAGCCCGAAGAAAGAAAUAAGAAGAAAUAUUGCAAGUUCCAUCGAGACAUCAGUCAUGACACUGAAGACUAUCGGCAGCUGAAGAGAGAGAUCGAGGACAUGAUCUAG